GGAGCGGAGCGAUCCGAGGCAAGCAGGCGAAGAAACAAGAUGGCGGCAGGCGGCGAUCCCGAGCGGGACGCCGGCCCUUCGCAUUGAAGCCCCUCGGCCCGAGCAGCUCGCCGGAGGCCCUCCUUCCCCGGCGAGGGAGGGGGGCGGGGAAGAAGAGGGAGGAAGAGCGCAACCGCCCGCUCGGAAAAACCACCCGAAGGCCCUCGCGCGCACACACAACCACCCCCCUCACCACUCUCGGCCAGCGCCCAGCGAUGCGGGGCCGGCGAGGCAGGCCGCCCAAGCACCAGCAGCCUGCGGCGGCCCCGGCUCGGGAGAGCACCCCGGCUCCAGCAGCCCCGCCGCCGGGCCCUAUCGGGGGACUCCGCUCCCGCCUGAGGGGCAGCAGCCGGGGCAGGUGGGCGGCCUCGGCCCAGGCGGCUGGUGCUGCAGGGCCCAAGCCGAGGGGGGCUGUCGCCGCCGCUGCCCAGGCCUCCCCCUCCGCCACCUCAGUCAGGGGAGGCGGCAGGAGGAAGGGUGGCAGCAGCAGCAGCACCCCUGGCGGGGGAGGCAAUAGCGGCCGGGGCAGGGGCAGGUCUGCUGCUGGAGCGGCGGCGGGAGGAGGAGGAGGAGGCAGCCAAAGCAGGACGCCCGCCGCCGCCUCCGGUGGUGGUGCUGCUUCUUCCUCCGCUCCCAAGAGGAGCGGCCGCAGCAGCCAAGUGGUUUACGACGACCAUGAGAGCGACGAAGACGAGAGCGCCUUGUCCGACGACGAGGAAGGCGAGUCCGGGGAGAAGCCCGACUCCGGGGAAGACGAGGCCGUGGCGGAAGAGGAGAACGACGACGACGACUCGGAUUACCCCGAAGAGAUGGAGGAGGACGAGGACGACGACGCCAGCUAUUGCACGGAGAGCAGCUUCAAGAGCCACAGCACCUACAGCAGCACCCCGGGUAGGAGGAGACAAAGAGUACAUCGUCCACGUUCUCCAAUUCUGGAAGAAAAAGAUGUCCCUUCUCUUGACUUGCCUAAAUCCUCAGAGGACUUAAUGGUGCCUAAUGAGCAUAUAAUGAAUGUUAUUGCCAUCUAUGAGGUACUGCGGAACUUUGGCACUGUCUUGCGACUAUCCCCUUUUCGUUUUGAGGACUUCUGUGCUGCUCUGGUAAGCCAGGAGCAGUGUACACUUAUGGCAGAGAUGCAUAUAGUGCUUUUAAAAGCUGUUUUACGUGAAGAAGACACUUCAAAUACUACCUUUGGACCUGCUGACCUCAAAGAUAGCGUUAAUUCCACAUUGUAUUUCAUAGACGGAAUGACGUGGCCCGAGGUUCUGCGGGUUUAUUGUGAGAGUGACAAGGAAUAUCAUCAUGUUCUUCCUUUCCAAGACGCAGAUGACUACCCCUAUGGACCCGUUGAGAAUAAAAUUGAAGUCCUGCAGUUUUUAGUGGAUCAGUUUCUUACAACAAACAUUGCACGCGAGGAAUUAAUGUCGGAAGGUGUGAUACAAUACGAUGACCAUUGUAGAGUUUGUCACAAACUGGGGGAUUUGCUUUGCUGUGAAACUUGCUCAGCUGUGUACCACUUGGAGUGUGUGAAGCCACCUCUUGAAGAGGUACCUGAGGACGAAUGGCAGUGUGAAGUUUGUGUAGCACAUAAGGUGCCUGGUGUAACGGACUGUAUUGCUGAAAUCCAAAAAAAUAAACCAUACAUUCGACAUGAACCUAUUGGAUACGACAGAAACAGGCGGAAAUACUGGUUCCUGAACAGGAGGCUUGUUAUAGAGGAAGAUUCAGAGUGUGAGAAAGAUAAGAAAAUCUGGUACUAUAGCACAAAAGUCCAGCUGGCAGAAUUAAUUGAAUGCCUUGACAAAGAUUACUGGGAAGCUGAUAUCUGCAAAACUCUGGAAGAAAUGCGUGAAGAAAUACAUCGGCAUAUGGAUAUAACAGAGGACCUUACCAAUAAAGCACGGGGUAGCAACAAAUCUUUUCUUGCUGCAGCAAAUGAAGAGAUUCUGGAAGCAAUCAGAGCCAGAAAGGGAGAAAUACCAGAAGAUAAAAGCUCAAUAGCUGAUGAAACGGAAAAGGAAAAGGCUAGUGUUGAGAAUAAAGACAGUACAGAUACCGAUAAUGGCAAAGAGGAACUUUCGAACCAACUGCUGGAUGUAAACAAAGAAACACCACCAGAUGAAAGUUCUGAAAAAGGAAGAAAACAAGAGCAAACAGAUGCUAUAGAUAAAAGCAACUCCGUGACUUCAGCUGUUGGAGGCAACAGCAUAGAUCCUUCUGCUGGAGAGUCUAGUGCUUCUGAAGGAAAGAGUGCAGUAGGAAAUGAGUCAGAAAUCCUGGAUGAUAAUGAGGCAAACAAGAAGCUGGUGACAUCAGAAGCCCUCAAGAAUGUCUCAGAUGAAACAACUAAGAUGGUUCCUACCCUGAACGUUGGUUCUUCCACUGAAGCACUUUUGUCUGAUCCAGAAAACAGCUGUAGCAAUGUACUAAAUUCCAUGCAGGAUGAAUCAAUGAAGGCUUCUGAUGAAGUGGAAAAUAUUGAAGGAGGAUCCCAGAGCUCAGAGGAGCUAGGGGAUAGAUCUAACAGUGAAAGAAGUGAAUCUCCAAACACUGGAAGAGGCACACCGGGUUCAACACGAAUGGUCACCAGGUUACGAAAUCCGGAUAGCAAACUCAGCCAGCUGAAAAGUCAGCAAGUUGCUGCUGCUGCACAUGAAGCAAAUAAGCUAUUUAAAGAAGGCAAAGAGGUCCUUGUGGUUAAUUCCCAAGGAGAAAUCUCUCGACUGAACACGAAAAAAGAAAUAGUGAUGAAAGGAAACCUCAGCAAUUAUUUCAAACUAGGCCAAGAAGGGAAGUACCGUGUGUACCACAAUCAAUAUGCCACCAAUUCUUUCGCUUUGAACAAGCAUCAACAUCGGGAAGAUCAUGACAAGAGGCGACACCUCUCUCACAAAUUUUGUCUGAGUCCUGCUGGAGAGUUCAAAUGGAAUGGCUCUGUCCACGGGUCAAAGGUUCUCACAAUAUCCACCCUGAGAUUAACAAUAAUUCAGCUAGAGAACAACAUCCCAUCCUCAUUCCUUCACCCCAACUGGGCUUCACACAGGUCUAAUUGGAUCAAGGCUGUGCAGAUGUGUAGUAAACCUAGAGAAUUUGCAUUGGCUUUAGCUAUAUUGGAAUGUGCAAUCAAGCCAGUUGUCAUGCUGCCAAUCUGGAGGGAGUCCUUGGGACACACCAGGUUGCGCAGAAUGACAGCUAUUGAAAGAGAAGAAAAGGAAAAAGUGAAAAAGAAGGAAAGAAAACAAGAAGAAGAAGAAACCAUGCAGCAAGCAACAUGGGUGAAAUACACAUUUCCUAUCAAACAUCAGGUUUGGAAACAAAAAGGAGAAGAAUAUAGAGUAACAGGGUAUGGCGGAUGGAUCUGGAUUAGUAAAACGCAUGUUCAUAGAUUUGUACCCAGAUUACCAGGAAAUACCAAUGUCAAUUACAGGAAAUUACUACCAGCAAAAAGUGAAACUGCUACCAUCCCAGAAAAACAGCGUGAACUGGAUAAAAGGAAAAAUCCAGCAAAAGUGAAGGUCGAACAUGGUUCUUCAAAAGAAAAGAUAAAAUACUUCCGUGAGCCACAAAAGAAGGACCCAAAAGAAAUUGAAAAUUCCGAGACCAUAAAGAGAGCUCAAACCAAGGAAGAAAAUGAACUGCAUGAAGAAAAAUCUGAAAUCAAACAUUUUGAAAAAUUAGAUCAUGCAAAAGAAGAGAAGAAAGAAAUUGGUGAGGGUGAUAAAGACAUCAAGGAAGAAUCUAUGGAGGUUGAUGAAGUGAAAGUGGAUACCUCCACAAAAUAUGAGGAAGCCCCAAUCAAUGUGGAUUUAAUCAAUGUCAGCGAGAGUUUCCACUUAAGGACAUUUUACAAAAGGAAAGUAAAAUCAUCAAAACUAGAUGGACUGCUUGAAAGGAGAGUAAAACAGUUUACACUGGAGGAAAAGCAGCGACUAGAAAGAAUAAAGCUCAAAUCUGGUUCUAACUCUUCGGGUUGUAAAUUGUCAGGGGAUGAGAAGCAAGUAGAUUUGACAUCCCAAAGCAGAAUUGAUACUUCAGAUACAAAUCAAACAGAAGAUCCUGUUAAAGACCGCUUAUCACCUAGCAAUCGCCACUUUACCAAAACCAGUGAAUCAGUCCAAUCUUUGCCUUGCUUGAAUAGGCUUUUAGAGGGAGAAGCAGAUGCAACUUCAGUUCAGUGUCCAGAUACUCAAAGUUUGAAAGCAAAGGAUACUAAUGAAAGUGUUUCUGAAUCCAUGGAUACAGAUAACCCCCAAGUGCAGAGUAAGGAGAAAAGCACUGACCGUUCGAUAACAGAAGACUCUAAACCAAUAGAAAACAAAGACACAACAACAUGUGGUAUCUUAGAGGACAAUGCAAAACGUUUGGAGCAAGCAAAUACUGAGUCACCGUGCGGAAAUGUUAUUCGGCCAAUGGUAACUGAAAGCAGCUGUGAAGGAGACACUUCAUCUUCAACUGAGAUAGGAAAUGAAGCGUUAACAUCUGAAAAACAUGACUGUGAUUCUGCAGAAGCUCGUAGGUUAGAAAAUCAUCCCAGCAUGUUAUCUCUGCAAGCAAAAGAGAGUCUUGUGAAAAACAGUGCAAAUGCAUCUGAACCCAAAAUUGCAUUAAAUCCAAAGCAGACUCUCGGGGGCCUAAAAUCACUGCAUACUGAGUUAAUUUCAGAAAAAGCAUUUGAAGCCCAAAUUCCUGACGUGAUUGGAGAAAAUAUUAUUGAUGAGGUGGUGAAGACUACAAUCACUGAAACAAAUGGUGAAAAGCAAGACCAGGAGAAGUGUGUCCCACCGAGUUCUAUAAACAAGUGUUUUGAUCAGAUUAAGAGUAUUGCUGACAAAAAUAAUAAUAAAAACGGGGAAUUGAAUACACAAACGGAAAAGGGGAAAUCAGCAGCAUUUCAGAUUAAUGGAAAAGACACUGAUUUUAAAGUAUUACCUAAUGAAGAGUGCUUAAAGAGAGAGACACUUGCACAAACUGAGAGCGGCGUUGACUCGAAAAUCAAUAAUAUUAGCAAAAGCAACCCUCUGGUCAAAUCAUUUUCUUCUAAUGAAUCUCUAAAACCAUUUAUGAAUGGUGAUAUUGCAGUGGAAGAUGCAAAUGAUAAUUUGGUCAGUAAGCUGGGUGUACAGAGUUCUGUGGGUGGUGAUUCUAGAGAGAAUGAUUUGCCUCAAGAUAAUAUGUCUCAGUCUAAUCAAAAUACUGGAAGAAAGCAGUGUUCUCCUGAAAGGUCUAGUCUUGUCGAUGACACAUCCAUCACAUCUCUCCAUUCCUCCAGUGAAAACAAUAUAUAUAAUGAAACUGAAAGCAUGGAGAUUGAACCACCUUGUGUUACGAAAACUGCUCCAUCACCUGUAAUUUCCUGUGAGGAAUCUAGCUUGAGUAAUGAUUUUGCUGAUCAGAAUGGAUUAUCGAUAAGCAACAAAAUCGAAAGGGUCAACGGAGAAAGUGUAGUAAAAGCCGUUGUUACGGAAGUGACCACCACGUCAACUGUUUCUACAGAAUCCAAAACCACUUAUAAAGUAUCGGGAUUGUCAGCCAUCAAGGAAGAUAGAGAAAGUGGGGUAUCAUCCAUGGAAAACUGUUCUGUAUCCACUGUAACAACAACCACAACCACGACGACCACUGUAAGAAAACUUACCGCUCCCACUACAGAUAGCAAUACUGAUGUCAUUUCUGUAAAGGAGCAUAGCAAAACUGUGGUAACAGCAACAGUGACUGAUUCCUUGACUACUGCAAUGGGGACCUUGGUGACUUCUAUGACAGUCAGCAAGGAAUAUUCCACAAGGGACAAAGUGAAGCUCAUGAAAUUUUCAAGGCCGAAAAAAACUCGUUCUGGAACAGCCUUGCCAUCUUACCGGAAGUUUGUUACCAAAAGCAGUAAAAAGAGCAUAUUUGUUUUGCCCAAUGACGACUUGAAGAAGCUAGCAAGAAGAGGAGGGAUCAGAGAGGUUCCCUGUUUCAACUAUACUGCGAAGCCUGCUUUGGAUAUUUGGCCAUAUCCAUCCCCGAGACCAACGUUUGGUAUCACUUGGAGAUACCGACUGCAAACUGUAAAAUCUUUGGCAGGGGUUAGCCUUAUGUUAAGGUUACUCUGGGCAUGUCUGAAAUGGGAUGACAUGGCUGCUAAACCCCCACCUGGUGGAGGAACUACACGUACAGACACAUCGGAAACGGAAAUAACAACAACUGAAAUAAUCAAGCGAAGAGAUGUUGGACCAUAUGGAAUUCGAUCGGAAUACUGUGUACGGAAAAUUAUUUGUCCGAUUGGUGUUCCAGAGGCCCCUAAAGAAACUCCUACGCCUCAGAGGAAAGGGCUUCGAUCAAGUGCAUUGCGACCCAAAAGGCCAGAAACUCCAAAACAAACAGGCCCUGUUAUAAUUGAAACCUGGGUAGCAGAGGAGGAAUUAGAACUAUGGGAAAUAAAAGCAUUUUCUGAAAGAGUGGAGAAGGAAAAGGCACAAGCAGUUGAGCAACAGGCUAAGGUUAGUGAACAGAAGAAGGCUGAGGAAUUCAAGGCCCAAAUGGAGGCUCAACUAAAACAACAGCGAUUGGCUGCCCAGCAGAAGCGACUGGAGCAACAGAAGCAGUUGCCUGCCGUGUGUGGUGCCGCUACAGCUACGACUACCAGCGGUACGGCCACCACCGUCUCCACUCCUCAGAAAGUUAUGGUUGGCCCACUGCCACGCUCUAUUCCCAGUGGAACCAAAGUGGUGCUUGCUACUAAAGUGGGAUCUCCAGCUACAGUAACAUUCCAGCAGAACAAGAACUUUCACCAGACUUUUGCUACCUGGGUUAAACAAGGCCAGUCUUCAUCAGCCACAAGCACAACUGCUACAUCAGCAACAACUAUUUCCAGCAGUGGUCAGACUUUCCAGAUUGCAAGCAGCCCAGUGACUAUGGCAGGCAAAGUGAUAACAAAGCUGCCUCUACCAGCAAAUAGCAAGAUAGUUGCUGUUAACGUCCCAGCUACUCAAGGAGGUGUAGUUCAAGUGCAGCAGAAAGUGUUGGGAAUCAUUCCAUCAACUACUGGAUCAAACCAACAAACAUUUACUUCAUUCCAGCCGAGGACAGCAACUGUAACUAUUAGGCCAAAUAACACAGGGACUGUGUGUACAACGAGUGCUUCACAAGUAAUGGCUGGGACACCUCUCCGGCCUGGGAUGACAGUCAUAAGGACACCACUUCAGCAAUCGGCAUUAGGAAAGACCAUCAUUCGGACACCUGUCGUGGUACAGCAAGGUAUUCUUCCAACUAGCCAGACCCAGCAAGUAGUGACCCAGAUAAUCAGAGGUCAGCCUGUUUCCACAGCAGUGUCUAGUGCCACCACCGUUUCUGCAAAUCCAAAGGUAGUGACAACUCCAGGAGCCCCUUUGCAGCACAUGCAGCCGCAAACUGCACCACCACACCCACCUCGUCCUCAACAGGGUCAGGUGAAACUUACAAUGGCGCAACUCACGCAGCUCACACAAGGACAGGGUGGCAGUCAAGGUUUGACUGUGGUGAUUCAGGGGCAAGGUCAAACCACUGGGCAGUUGCAGUUGAUCCCGCAGGGUGUCACGGUAAUACCAGGACCAGGACAACAGCUAAUGCAAGCAGCUAUGCCAAAUGGUACAAUCCAGCGGUUUCUUUUCACCCCACUACCACCACCAGCAGCAGCAGCUACCGCAGCUAGUACUACUACGACUACAGUUUCCACCUCAACACCAGCUGCAGGAGAACAGAAGCAAACUUCUCAAGCACAGACCCAAACACAGCCAGUGCCAGAGGUUCCUCCUCCUCCUCCUGCACCCCAGCCGCCUCAGAGUCAGCUCCAAGGCCAGUCUCAAGGGCAACCCCAGAGUAUUCAGCCUCAGCCUCCAGCUCAGACGCAGCCUACUCAAUCUCCGCCUCAGGCUGAAGCCCAGGCAGCCGCCGAAGCUCAGCCUCCAGCUCCACUUCCAUGCCCAGUUAUCUCCGAAGCACAGCCUCCAGUAUCGCAACCAACUGUAACUCCAGCCGUUGCUCAGACUCCACCCCAGAGCCUUCCGCAAGGGCAGUCUUUAGCUCAAGUUCAAAGCCAGGCCCAGACAGGGGUACCCCCGCAGACCCUGCCCAAAGUUCAAAUGAUUCAGCCAGCUCAGGUCCAGACUCCAGCGCCACAGCACGUCCCGAUGCAGCCGCAACCCUCGAUCCAAAUUCAGACUUCGCAGCCCCAGGUUCCAACAUCGGUUCAAACUCUGCCACCCGCGCCAAAUGUAAAUCAAGUUACCGUGCAAUCUCCACGUCCUCAGCUGCAAAUCCAGCCGCCGCAGACGAAGGUGAUCACAGUUCCGCAGCUUCAGCAGCAAGUCCAGGUGUUCUCUCAGCUCCCGUCCCAUGUUGUGGCUCAGAUACAGGCCCAGCAAGGUGGUCUGCCUCAGCAAAUUAAGCUUCAGUUGCCUAUUCAGAUUCAGCAAGCUGGCCCGGUGCAAGCUCAUCAGAUCCAGAAUGUGGUAACUGUUCAAGCGGCCAGCGUUCAAGAGCAACUGCAAAGGGUUCAGCAGCUCAGAGAACAGCAGCAGAAGAAAAAACAGCAGCAUAUUGAAAUUAAACGUGAGCACUCCCUCCAGGCUUCUAAUCAGAGUGACAUUAUCCAGAAACAGGUGGUAAUGAAGCACAACGCUGUGAUCGAGCACCUAAAACAGAAAAAGACGUUGACCCCUGCUGAACGGGAAGAGAAUCAGCGAAUGAUAGUGUGCAACCAGGUAAUGAAGUAUAUUCUGGAUAAGAUAGAUAAAGAAGAGAAACAGGCUGCUAAGAAACGAAAGCGAGAAGAGAGUGUGGAACAAAAGCGCAGUAAACAGAAUGCAACUAAACUCUCAGCUCUGCUCUUCAAACAUAAGGAACAACUUAAAGCUGAAAUACUAAAGAAAAGGGCACUUCUGGACAAAGACUUACAAAUUGAAGUGCAGGAAGAGCUAAAGAAAGACCUGGCAAAAAUUAAGAGGGAGAAAGAAAAGGCACAGGCGGCUGCCGCUGCUGCCGCUGCUGCUGCAGCAGUGCCACCACCUCCUCCUCCACCACCACCACCACCUCCUCCUCCUCCACCACCACCACCUCCUCCUCCACCUCCUCCACCACCACCACCACACAGUACCAAUGUUGCAUCGACAACUACAACUACAAUCACGACACCUGUUUCAUCCCAUAAGAGAAAACGAGAGGAAGAGAAAGAGUCCUCGUCUUCUAAAUCGAAGAAAAAGAAAAUGAUAUCUACUACCUCAAAGGAAUCCAAGAAGGACACCAAGCUUUACUGCAUCUGCAAGACGCCUUACGAUGAAUCUAAGUUCUAUAUUGGCUGUGAUCUUUGUACUAACUGGUAUCAUGGAGAAUGUGUUGGCAUCACAGAAAAGGAGGCUAAGAAAAUGGAUGUGUACAUCUGUAAUGAGUGUAAACGGGCACAAGAGGGCAGCAGUGAGGAAUUAUACUGUAUCUGCAGAACACCUUAUGAUGAGUCACAAUUUUACAUUGGCUGUGACCGGUGUCAGAACUGGUAUCAUGGACGUUGCGUUGGUAUUUUGCAAAGUGAGGCAGACCUCAUUGAUGAGUAUGUCUGUCCGCAGUGUCAGUCAACUGAAGAUGCCAUGACAGUACUCAGUCCCUUGACUGAUAAAGAUUAUGAGGGGCUGAAGAGAGUGCUACGGUCAUUACAGGCUCACAAGAUGGCAUGGCCAUUCCUAGAACCGGUAGAUCCCAAUGAUGCUCCAGAUUAUUACGGUGUUAUCAAAGAACCGAUGGACCUUUCCACCAUGGAGGAAAGAAUACUGAAACGUUACUACAAGAAGGUGACCGAGUUUGUGGCUGACAUGACCAAAAUUUUUGAUAACUGUCGUUACUACAAUCCAAGUGACUCCCCUUUUUAUCAGUGUGCAGAGGUUCUCGAAUCAUUCUUUGUACAGAAACUAAAAGGAUUCAAAGCAAGCAGAUUGUGAUAACUUUAGUCUGACCUUUCUAACUGGAAUCAGAACUGGAUGUUUGGCUUACAUUUUCAUUGUACCAUGUCAUUAAAUCACUUUUUAAAAACAAAAAUAAAUCCAUACUUGCUGUUCGCUUUUAAACUGCGCUUUAAUGUGGAAGCUGCCGUUGGCUAGCAGCUAUGUCGGAAAAUAAAACAAUCCGUUCUUUGAAUACUGUGUCAAAAUGAAGUCCAGUAAUAGCAAUGGAAGCUAUGUAAUAUCAGUUUUAAUAAAAACUCCCAAAAGAGGUUUUGAUGAAUUCUAACAAAAAUGUGAUAUUUUAAAUUCAUGUUCUGCCAAUAAAUAUACUUUUCUCUAAACACCUCCCAAAGCAAUGUAAAUUGGCUACAUAUAAUUAAUAUGUACCUCACUCUGAGUAUCAUGUGACAUUUCUGGAUUAUUAUUUUUAUAUUUCCAUUGAACAUCAUGUGCUUUUAUACACAACUGAAAGUGGUUAUAUAGAGGAAGUUUCUUUCUGUAUAUGGUGUUUGCCUACGAAAGAUGGAACGGGAACAGCAGCAUGGCUGCAUUUCCAGCUGAGUGGCAGGCCCUUGGCAUCCACUUGAAACAACUGAGAUCUCUUUAAAUGAAGGGUGCUUAAUUGUUCCCCUUUUCUGCAUUCUGCAGGUCUCAUAACAACAAACUGCAGUCUACAACUUCUUAAAGUUCCACGUGUUACCCUAACACAAAGAGCAAGAAUCUGGUUGUCUGAAUUUUAUUUUUAUUUUUAUUUUUUAAUUGGAAAAGCCAGAGGUUUUUAAGUCAGGGCGUCCUGAGAAGUCUUGAUGUAAACUGCAUUUUUAUCAGUCGCAUCAGAUUAUAUUCUUGGCUUGAUUUUGUCCAAAGGACAAAAGAAUGAAAUUCAGCAGCAUCGUUUUCUUGUCAAGAUCAAAUUGUGACAGAAACAGGAAAACAUUUUAUUAAAGGACAAGAGAGGAAAACAAGCGAGAGAAAACAAGAUACAGUAAAAUGGGGUCAAGUCCUAACCCCAUAGAAAUGCCACAUCUGUUCUUCAGUGAAGAAGCUGGUUUAAAGUCCACACAGAGAAGUUUUGACUGUAUUUAUUUAUUGUUGCAAAAGGACGCUUUUUUAUUGCUGCCCUCAUUUGUCAGCUUUUUCUUUCUUUCUUUCUUAUAAGCCCCAGCUCUGGUUAUAUGUAACCCAUUCUGUAUCUUACCAUGGUUCCUGUAGGUAAAAGUACAAGAUGACCUCUAAAUGUCUUUUCUUUCUAUGAAAGGAGCUGCUAUGUACACAUGUGCACAAACAAACUGGGAAUCAACAAUGAGUUUAUCGUUCAUGGUAGAAGAAAACAAUUAAGCUUGCAUAAAAGUUGGGCUAAGUGGUCAUGUACUACAGACUUUGUUGCCUUGAAUAUAACAGUACAAUUUGUCAUUUACUCUGCACCGGACUGAUACGAGUAAAAUCUAUUCGAAGGUAUCUUGUUUGUAAACAUUUGUCAGAUUCUAAUUUUUUCCCCUUCUCCUUUUUGUAUUAAAAAUUCAAAAUAUGGAUGUAUAUGAAACAAAAUAAAUGGAGAUCAUUGUUCUCUCCACAGA